AUGAACAGUACUUCUUUUGCAAUAAAACCCCACAGUAUCAAGAAUAACACACUAGUUGACCCAAGAACCAGAGUUUACAGGCACACUAAAACACCUGAUGUUUACAUUAGAGGUGUGCUCAUUAAAAAUGUGCCAUCAAAUUGGGAUGAACAGACUGUAUUAAGUGUAGUUGCAGGCUCGGGUGCAAUAAUUGGGAUUAAACAACAGAAACUACAACCCUCCACUAAUAGUAAUAAUUUUAUAAUAAUAUAUACAACAUCUAAUGAAUGUAAAAAAGCAUAUGAUCUUAUUUCUAAAAUAGAAAAUAAGCCAUUUCAAAUUGAACAGGUGUUAGUGGACGACGAACAGAAUGAAGAUGAUAAUAUUGCUGGUAUUAGUGGGUCUUCUUUAUCUUCUGUCGCUGCAUCACCUUCUUCUUUUUCUUCUUCUUCUUCCUUUUUUUCUGUACCUAACUCAAGGUGUAAAGCCCUAUUAAAACUGAAAAGAGACAAUUAUCCGUGGGAUUAUAAUUUACAAUUACCCUUUGAAAUGAUCAGUGAAGUUCCAUUACCAAAAAAGAAUAAACCCAUUUUCAUACCGGAAUUAUUAAUCAAGGCUUCGAGCUCAUUGCCAAAACUACCACCAAUAAACAAGAACACUGGAGAUGGUGCCACGACUAGCCGGUUAUAUAGAGUAAAUGAUGUAAUAUCCAGUAAAAUAAGCAAAAUCCAACCGCCUCAGCUGAUCGAAAUCAUUGCAAAUUUGACAAGUUUAGCAAAUAGUAUUAAUGCCAGUAAUAGUAUUGCUCAUGGUGCCAAUAACAACAAUAAAUCUUCAGGCAACAAUGGUGCUUUAAAAGAGCAGAUAAGUAGUUUUUUACAAAACGGAGAUGUGGCGUUAAUUGUAACACAAGGGUUGUUGGAAAUGGGAUUAGUUGAUAUUCCUUGUAUCAAUAUGUUCUUAGAGAGUUUGGAUGAAAAGAAUGGAGUUUUUCCUAGUACUACUGUUUCUCCUGGUGACAGUGUUGUAGAUUCGUCAUCUUUGCCAAUAACCACAAACACUACUGCUUCCUCAAGCUCUUCCUCUAUUUCUGUUUCAAAUACACCAUCAGUUUCGCCUAUAAAUACACCAACUUCUAUGAAUAAUAAUGUCAACACAAUUGGUAAUAACCCUAUUGACAGUGUUUCACGUACCACGGGUAUUUUACCACAACACGUUGAAAUAAAAUUGUCUAAAUUAAAUAAUUCAGAACAAGCUAAUGUUAUAAGACAGAUAUUAACCUUAACCAGAGACCAAAUUUUGUUAUUACCACCAAAGCAAAGGACUAUGGUUGAGAAUAUACAUAGGGAGUAUUUAUAA